CGCAUACACACAGAUACAUGUACAUACACAGAAAUACACGCACAAACACAUGUACAUACAUACACAGACACAUGUACAUACAUACACAUACACACACAGACACACACACACACACACACACCCCAUAAAAAGUUGCAGUACUUUGUUGUUCACUCACAGAGCCGGGUACUGCACUCUAGGGGGAGGCAGAGAGCACAGCACACACUCCUUCCUUUGCUUUCACUGUGCUCAGCUAUUGAGCAGUCUGACGGCUCACAUUAUCAAUGACAGAUCCGGUCUGAGCUCCGAG